UGCUGUCGGCUACUGUCAGCCAGGCCCUCCCUAAGUAACCAUUCUCUCGGGGAUAAACAUGAAUAUUCACUUCAGCUUCUGAUUGAAAAGAGAUAAUAAAUAAAAUUAGUGAUUCCAUUACGAUGACAACACCAGCAGCAAGUGGUCAGAAUCUCCUGCGUCCUACGGGAUUGCAGUGCAAGGAUCUCCACGAGUAUUUGAAAUCUCUACCAUCAGAAGUCUUGGAGAAGUUGUAUCACAAUCCACCGAUAUGUCUAGCUGUUUUCCGUGAACUCCCUGUUAUCGCCAGGCACUACGUCAUGCGCCUGCUCUUUGUGGAGCAGCCAGUCCCCCAGGCAGUCAUCGCCUCCUGGUGCUCCAAGCUCCACUCCGAGGAGCAUCAACGAGUUGUGCAGGUCCUCAAUGAGUUGAAUAUUUGGAAGGAGGCGUCCAUACCUGGGGGCCUGCCAGGCUGGAUCCUCAAUGCUACAUUCAAGAAGAAUCUGAAGAUCGUUCUGCUCGGGGGUGGAAAACCCUGGACAAUGUCCAAUCAGUUGGAGACUGAUAGCAAACCUAGGGACAUCGCUUUUCUGGACUCUUAUGCCUUGGAGAGGUGGGAGUGCGUGCUGCAUUACAUGGUGGGAUCUCAGCAGCAAGAGGGCAUCUCAGCAGAUGCUGUCAGGAUAUUGCUUCAUGCAGGCCUUAUGAAACGAGACGAGGAAGAUGGUAGUCCUGUCAUCACACAAGCAGGAUUCCAGUUUCUUCUUCUAGACACAGCAUCCCAAGUGUGGUACUUCAUACUCCAAUAUCUAGAUACGAUUCAGGCCAGAAGUCUGGAUCUCGUUGAGUGUCUAACAUUUCUGUUUCAAUUGAACUUCUCCACACUUGGAAAAGAUUACAGCACAGAGGGAAUGUCAGAAGGAUUAUUAACAUUUCUGCAGCAUCUCAGGGAAUUUGGACUCGUGUACCAGCGAAAACGAAAGGCGGGCAGGUUUUAUCCAACGAGAUUGGCGUUGAACAUAGCAACAGGGAAGAAUAAACCACUCGUGAGGGAUAUCGAGAAGGAGGGCUAUAUAGUUGUAGAAACAAAUUACAGAGUCUAUGCAUACACAAAUUCCAAUCUUCAAGUUGCAUUACUCGGUCUCUUCUGCGAAAUGCUGUACAGAUUUCCAAACUUGGUGGUGUCUAUAUUGACCAGAGAUUCAGUGCGACAGGCCUUGAAGAGUGGAAUAACUGCAGCACAAAUAGUCGGGUAUCUGCAACAGCAUGCUCACAGUAAGAUGAUUGAGGCUGGUCCCCCGACACUGCCCCCAACAAUAGUAGAUCAAAUAAAACUCUGGGAAAAUGAGAGAAAUCGUUUCUCAUUCAGCGAAGGCGUCUUGUACAGUCAGUUCUUGUCCCAAACUGACUUUGUCGUUCUUCGAGAUUAUGCAUUAUCUAUUGGGGUGCUCAUCUGGCAGAGUGACAGAAAACGAACUAUGGUUGUUACCAAAGUGGGUCACGACGAUGUAAAAAAAUUCUGGAAACGCUAUUCGAAGGGCUCAAACUGACUGAAAUAAUGAUAAAUACCGUAUUUUCAAAUGUACAGAAUAAAAAUUUAAUCAAUAAAUUAUUUUUCAAGUCGUUCAAGUCGAUUUGUAAUGGCUGAAUUCACCCUCGUAUCAGUGCUGUGGAGCCACAGUCUUUAUUUUGUAAAAUUGAAUAGAAAAACUCAUGCCAUUG